UGAAGGGACCUUGUGACGUAUUGAGGGGAGGAGCUGUGUAGGGAUGCGGGGCAUGCCAUAGCCGUUACUGGUGACCCGGGAACAGGCGGACACUGGAAGCAGCCCGGUGUCUGAGAGCACAGGGGGCGGCAAGUGGCGAGUGUAUCAUACAACACUAGGUGGCUGCAGCCGGCUGUCAUUGUCACUGGAACUGGGAGUGUGCAAUCCUAUGAUGCAGCAGUAGCAGGUGACGCUGUAAAUGCAUCUCUGAUCCAUCAUGUCCACCUUGAGCAAUCUGGAGGUCCCUGAGGAGCUGUCGGGAGAGGAGUGUGUGGGCAGCAUGCCUGACAUCAAGGUGGAGCACGUCAUAGACUCUAAUCCUGAUGAAGGUCCUGCUCAGAAUGUGGCCAUGGGAAUGAAGUUCAUUUUACCAAACAGAUUUGACAUGAACGUUUGUUCUCGCUUUGUAAAGUCCUUAAAUGAAGAAGACAGUAAAAAUAUCCAAGAUCAAGUAAACUCUGACCUGGAAGUAGCUUCUGUCCUGUUUAAAGCUGAAUGCAACAUACACACCUCCCCAUCUCCAGGCAUACAAGUGCGACAUGUCUACACCCCAUCAACCACCAAGCAUUUUUCUCCCAUCAAGCAAUCAACGACACUGACAAACAAACACAGAGGCAAUGAAAUAUCAACUACCCCCCUGCUGGUGAAUUCCUUGUCCGUUCACCAGUUGGCAGCUCAAGGGGAGAUGGUGUAUUUGGCAAGCCGGCUUGAACAAGAAAAUGUGAUUAAUCUUACAGACGAGGAAGGUUUCACGCCACUUAUGUGGGCCGCAGCCCAUGGCCAGAUCGCCGUGGUGGAGUUUCUUCUUCAGAAUGGUGCAGACCCGCAAGUCCUUGGCAAAGGACGAGAAAGUGCCCUGUCACUGGCCUGCAGCAAAGGUUACACGGAUAUAGUAAGAAUGCUGGUGGAGUGUGGAGUGGAUGUCAAUGAAUAUGACUGGAAUGGUGGGACGCCCCUGCUGUAUGCCGUACAUGGAAACCACGUGAAAUGUGUGAAAAUCCUUCUAGAGAAUGGGGCCGAUCCAACCAUUGAGACAGACUCUGGUUACAACUCCAUGGACCUGUCAGUAGCUCUGGGCCACAGAAGCGUUCAACAAGUCAUCGAGACUCACCUCUUACAGCUUCUUCAAAGUAUCAAAGAGUAAUGGACUCCGCGACAUGAAACAGAAGAUGCAGAUAGAUUGUGCCCUGCAGUGAUUAUAUUUGUUUUACACCCUAGGAGAUGUGAUGUUUAAUGAAAUCUGAACGUAGUUUUUCCACCUGACAUACUAAUACGGUAGUCGCUCCAUGCAUUUACUGACAAAAAGUCUAUACGGUAUAAACUGACCAGAAAGACCUCUUACAGCAGGAUAUGUUUCUGUAUAGUAGAGAGAGAGCUUUCCACCAGCUGAUGGCUACUGUGCACAAUGGGAGUAGUUGUUUCUGUUACUUACCCAGCUCUAUUAUACUUUAUGGCCCUGAUUCUGAGUCUGAUGGAUCUCCUAGACAUCUGCAGUCUACACAUGUGCUGUGCCCUGCAUACACCCAGAGAUCGAAGAGCAGUCUAAUUGAUCUACCCAAUGACUGAUCUCUCUCUCUUAGUGAAAUGAGCAUUUCUGGGCGGCGAAAAAAAGAUUGAGAGUGUUUAACCACCCCAACUCCUGGCGCAAAUGAUGAAUUAAAUUUAAGUUGGCUAUACAGCAGCUGCAAGCACUGAGGGACUGCUACCUCCCCCAAACAACAAAAAUAUAUACACAAGAGUGCUGCGCUUGAUGUAUGCUUAAUGAUAAUCAUAGAGUGAGCCCCAUCGUCUUGAGGAAGUCCCGGGAGACGGGACGAAACGCGUUGACAUCACUCCUUUUGCUCAGCCCACAGACGCACUGACCGCUGCCAGCCACAUUCCUUUGCAGCGGUGAAUUUGAAUUUGAUAAUCAGCCUCAGAGAAUCUGUACCGGUACGCCAGGUCAGCAUACCACUGCAGCGUCCAUACCCGCCCGCCAGGGCAGAAUCAACUGCACCGUGCUAGUGCCGGCGGCGGACGCUUGGAAGUUAUCCCGGUACCUCCUGCGCUGCGAGACUGAAUCUUCCCGCAGGUCGGGUAAAUAUUAUCAGCGGCAUUUCCUCUGCACUGGGACGCCAGUAGCAUAGAGGACGGGAGCUACAAUCAUUCUUAUACAGGCUGUAUUAACUGUUGCAAUUCAGUUUUAUUGAUACAAAGAGACCAAAACUAGGUCUAUGUGGCAGCAUUGAAGUUACAUUGUUACAAAUCAUUUCAACAAAGUGACAUAUUUAGAACGUCUUAUCAGUGUGCUUGAGCUUUCUUUUAUCAAUGGUUUUUAUUGUACUAUAUUGUGUGUGUAAAUAAAUUUGUUUAAAUUUUAUCAGCAAGUUCCAUAUGUGUUUUAAAUUGAUUUAAGCAGACACCUGUGUAUCUAUUAAUUUUUAAUCAAUUAUCAUUAAGCAUACAUCAAGCGCAGCACUCUUGUGUAUAUAUUUCUGGGCGGCGAUCAUGCAAAUCCGUGUCACUGGCGUGUUGUGGCCGCGUAGGCUGAUUUCCGCAAUCAUUCAUAGCCUGCGGAUGAAGAUAGGACGUCUGUCUCGGGUGGUUCUUUUACACCCAGCAUGGGGCUGAUGUAAGUCCUGAUACUAAUAAUGACAGGUGCAGAUGAAAAACCAGUGGGCAGCCUGCCCAUCUGCAUGAUGGCGGAUGGAUAAUCACAUGGAUACGCGCAAUAGUAUAGGAUCGCAUCUGGCUGCACUUGCGUCUGACUCGGAAUCAGACCCUCCCGUCCCACCAUCUGGUUACUCACUGUGCUGUAGCAUCAGCAUUAUAUUGCUGCUUCUCUGGACAGGACUUUUGUAUGGCAUGAAGUGUCACUAGGCUGCACAGCGCAGCCACUAAGAUGCAUGUAAGUGCAGUCCUCUAUUUCACAAUAUUGUCUGUGUGUGUGUAGAAGUAUAUGAUGACUCUAUAACAACAUCAAGUUGACAACACGCCGUGUGUAAUACUUCCCCUUUGUAUGUAUGCUUGUAUUUAUUAUAACAUUGGAUGACUGUUGUACCCAAAAUGAUCCUGGUGUAGAGGAAGCCAAUGAAACGUAAAUGAUGUGAUGUGACCGGAAACCCUCAUUUGGUUGCCCGAGCUUGGUAACUUAGUAACCUCUAUCUGUAGCCUAGUAUAAAUGUCAGUGAGUCUACAUACGUUACUGGUGUGUAUAGUUUUCUUUCCCCAUCCAUGUUAACUGUAAGAAUUGAUGCAUUAUUUAUUUUGAUUUUGCACAAGUUACUUGAAAUGUUCUUAUUUCAGAGAAAUGCAAUUGUAGUAGUCUGGGUGUAUUUGUGUAAUACGUAGGCUAGUAUUCCUUAACUGGUAGAAGACCAACGUAUUAUGUCCUGUGACUGUAAUAGGGUUAUGGUAAGCCAUAUAUAUGUGGAACUGUAUUGUGCAAUGUUAAAUGUUUCCUCUCCUUGUUUCCUUUGUGCAAGUGUGUCUAUGCCUGCCUAUACAAUAGUGUAUGUAUAUAGUGUAUAUGACUUAUGUUGCACGUGUUUAUGUUUACAGAUGGAUAUGCAAUUAUAAAUAAAUUGAUCUUGUAUUACCCUUUUUUCAUUAA